UGAGAUGCUGCCUACAAAGACGCACGCGCUGAAAGGUGACCCGUGCGUUGGUGGCAAACAUAGCAAGGUCCGGGUGACGGUGUUUGUGUGCGCAAACAUGGACGGUACCGAGCGUCUCAACGCGGACAACGCUGCCGCUUCAUGCGAGGAGUCUACUGAUGAGGCCAUUGCCGAGGAACAGCAAUCGCGACGAAAAAUCACAUCGAGCGACUGCGAAAGUAGUGACGACGACGGCGGCGACGAGAACACCCCGCCUCCAAUGUCUUCACAAAAUGCCCUGCUCUCCAUCCAGUCGCUGGUCGGUUUUGUGCACGCAAAAGGACUGCCGCCAGCGUACGCGCAACAACUGGAAGCAAUGCACACGGCAAUUGUCAAACUUCAGCUCAAGCAAGCGCAAAUUUCCGACUUUUUUAAGCAUGCUUAAAUUAUUUUAUAGUCAUUUUCGUACCUUUUAAUAAAGCCUUCGGUUUUCUUUGCCUCGGC